CCAUGGCAGAGGCUGCCGCGCACGGUCCGGCGGGCGGCCUCCCCCCGGCGGCCUCCGCCGAUGCCCCGCCCGAUGUCGUGCAGUUCCCAGACGUCAUCACCAACCUCGUGGAUGUGGCCUUGACGGCCAUCUCGCUGCAGCGGCGCUUCUAUGCCGCCGGGCCAGCGGCCGCCGGGCAGCCAGUACCCGAGGCGUCACGCAACACCCUCCUCGACAAUACCGAGCAAAUUUGGACAUUCAUGAGCGACUGGCACCAGGUCAUGGUGGACCGCCUGCUGCGGACGCGCCUGACAUCGGACGAGCGGGCCUCCGCCGACAUGGUCACCGUCGAUGACCCGCUCAAGGCCAGCUUGCCAGCCGCCAGCGUGGCCCCCGAUCCCGAUGGCUCCUUCAACCCAUUCCAGGGGCUCAUCGAUGGGUAUGCCCUGUCGCUGCGGCGCAUUCAGGACCGGCGCGAUGAGCUGAUGGCGGCCUGUGGUGCGGACACCGCGGCCACCUUCCAGCCCUUCCAAGAGUCCCCCUUUGCCGAGGGGGCCGUCGUGCCGGAGUGCUUCUUCGAGCGGUUCUCCAUCCUCUUCGACCGCCUUGCCUGCCUCUGUGCCGAGGCAUACGACCAUGGCGUCCAGCGCGCCUUCCUCGCCACGCAGCUGGCACACUCCCUCUGUCACCAGGCCCUGCUGUCCUUCCGCCGGUGCAUCCAGCGCCUGGUCCGCCAAUCGGCCAGGCUCCUUGGCGCCGGGGCCGAGCUUCCGCCCGCGGUGGCCGAGCUCCUCAGCGCCGAUGAUGACAACGAGCCCGACAUUGGGACCGAGGCCGCGGCCAGCCUGGAAGACGCCGCAUCGGCCGUCCUCUCCGCCUACAACAGCCUCACCGCGCGCCUGGCUCUGGUGGCUGAUUGCCUGCAAUUUUUGUCGGUGCAGAUCUUCGUCAGCCCCUCGUACGCCCGGGCCCUGGAGAACCUGGCCAACCAGCUGAUCGACGUGAACAACAGCCUGGCCGACCGGCUGAACCACCUGUUCUCCCUGUGCCAGGACCCGGAGCAGCUGAGCGAGCUGGCCACCGCCAGCGAGUUCAUGUUCCAGCUGAUGGGCACCUCGGUGGCCUUCCUCCAAUCGUCGUCCAUCCUCUUUGCCAUGGCCAGCCGCUACUCGGACCUGGCCUCCUCCCAGCCGGGGGCUUCGCCGCCGCCGCCGCCGGACUCGGUCCUGUCGGCGGCCUCGGGCCACCCCUCGCUCAAGUAUGACCUGCCCACGCGCCAGGUGCUGGAUGCUCUGGUGGCCGAGCUGGAUGCCACAUACUCCGGGCGCGGGCCCUCGGACGGCCACCCGGCUGGCCUGGGCCCGGCUUGCGGUGAUGUCCUCGCUGCUGCCGGGCUCGCGAGCGAGAGCGACUCUUCCCCGGCUGCCGCCGGGCUGGUGGCCGACCGGGAGAGCCAUCUGCGCUUCUACGAGCGAGCCAUUCACCAGGCUCGGUCCAAGGCUUCGGCCGUGGAUGGCCUGCUGGCUGGUGUCCGCGUGCCCGGGGUCCUGAGCGCCAAGGAGAGCCUGGCCCGGGCCAUGGCGGUGGCUCCGCGCGCCCGCGCCCCGGAAUCCAUCGACGCCAUGGUGGAGGUGGCCUCGGCCUCGGACAACAUCAACCAGGCGUGUGACAACAUCCACGCGCAGAUGUCGCUCCUGUCGCUGCCGGCCCCGGUGGUGCUUUCCUCGGAUCCAGGAGCCUCGUCGGCCGCGGGCGCUGGCAGGGCGGCCACCGCGGUCGCCGGCUCCGCCGGGUCCGGUGCCGCCGCCGGCGGUGCCCUCGACGAGCUGGACAACUUUGCCGUGGUGUCAGCCGUGCGCAAUGUGGCCAUCGAGUCGGUGCUGCCCAUGCUGGAGGGGUUGCUGGCCCCGGCGGCCGCCGGAGCAGCGGCCAGCAGCCCGGGAGACGCGUCCCCCGGCCCCAAGCGCGUGCUCUCCUCCACGGAUCUGGUUCUCUGCGCAUCGGACUGGGUGGAGUCCGCCCGGUGGCGGUCCUCGCGACUGAUGACCCUGCUGCAGGACCUGAUGGCGGCCGUGGCCACCGCCACGAUCGGCGGCCCUGCAAAUGGCCAUGCCGAUACCGGGGCCCAGCAGCUGUGGCCUCCCAUGCGGGCCCUGUACCGGGCCCUGCGUGCUGAGAGCGAUCUCCUGGCGGCCGACCUGGCCGCCCUGCAGGGCGAUGCGCCUGACUGGCUGGGGCCAUUGAGCGCGGAGUCCGCGGCUCUCGUGGCUCAUGUGCGGGCUCUGCUGCGAAAGUGGAUGCCCCGUGAGGGGGCCGCGAGCACCGGCUCCCUGGCGCCGGGCUUGUGCCAGGAGUUGGUUGAUGUCACGCUGCCGGCCCUGCGCCAGUAUGCCACCCUGCGCCAGGAGCAUGCGGACCUGCUGCUGGGCCUGGCCACCGAGUCGGCCAAUCGGCUGAUUCGCGUCCUCCAGGCUGGCGCCCGGGCCGGCAUCAAUGCCAUGAUCCAAGCCAUCAAUGCCCUGAUCGAAUCGUCGGACGCCGGGGCCGGGGCCCCGGUGGCCGGGAUUUCCGACGGCCCGGCCCCCGGGCCCGAGGCCGCCGACAUCACGGCCCUCUUGACGGAUGCCCUCGGCACGCGGGACCUCUCGCCCGAGGAACUCCUCUUCAAGUCCGCGGCCUUGUGUGAUGCGGUGGUGGAGGCCGUGCAGAAGAUGCUCCCGACGGCCAGCUCCGAGAUCGAGGAUGCCAAGUCCUAUGGCCGGGACGCGCCGCUGGAGGCCACUGCCGGGGCCGAUGAACCGGAGCUCGCCUCCCUCUUCGAGGAGGGGGCCAGCUCCGAGCGUCUUGACCGUGACUCGGUUGCCCAUCGGUCUGGGCCGACACUUUCCUGCUUCGGGCACCUGUCUUCCACGUUGCAGUCACUGUCUCGGGCCAUCGGGGCGCCGCUCUUCCAGCGCACUCCUGAUGUGUUGGAGGCCCCGGAGCCGGAGCCGGAGCCGGAGCCGGUGGUCUCUCCAGCCCCGGUGGCGGCCCCGGCCCCUGUUCCCGCGCCCGCCGAGGAGGAUGAGGAGGAGGUCCUCGACACCGAGGCCGCUCGGCAGCUCAGCAUCCGGGCUAACUUGGCCAGCCACCUGCGUGCCGGUGUCAGUGAUGAAAUCCGCCGCCGUGCAGCCGCCUUCCAGGCAGAUGUGGUGGUUUUCACCCCACCAACGCGCCGGGUCCCGAAGAAGGCGAUCCCCGCCCCGGUACUCCCGGCCCCUGAGCCCGAGCCCGAGCCCGAGCCCGAGCCCGAGCCCGAGAUGCCGGCCAGCCCGGUGGAGAUCGCCCCCGAGCCGUCACCCAUCUGGCUGGAGACCGGCCGGCUGGCCCUGUCAUCGCGUGACAACCUCCCCGAGCGGGUGAACUCCCUGAACGCCCUGGUCUUUUACGCGACCAGCGCCCUGCCUGCUGCCUCGUCGGUGUCCUUCCGCCGGGGAUUUGUGUCCAGCCUGCACCUGUUGGCCACCGGGCGCGAUGUGUCUCGGCUGCUGGCCGAGCGGUAUGCCGGGCCGCCUGGCGGCUGGCAAUCGGCCAGCAUCCCCGGCGGGCUGGACCUCCUGGAGGCCGACGCCACCGGGUCGCUCCGGGGCCCCGGCACGACGGCCUCCAUCUCCUCGGCCGAGGAGCGGGAGGCCUUCUUGCAGGGGGUGGUUCGCCCGGGGCGUGCGCGCACCGUGGCCCUGCUGGUGGCGUGGCUCUCCUCGCGCGGGGACCACGACCUGGCCUCCGAUGUGGAGGCCUUGCAGCUUCUGUGUCGGGCAUUCGGCCUGGCGCCGCUGGAUGUGCAGGUGUGCCCGGACACCGGGGCCCGGCGGAUUGGCUCGGCCCCGCCGCGGGUGCUGGCCCUGCCGGCCGAUGCGGCCGAGCGCCAUGCCCAAUCUUCGCUGGCGGCCUUCCUGUCGGACCCGCGUUUCCAGGCGCGCUUCGCCCACCAGCACCGGCAUCUGGCUUCCGGGUUCGCCUCCAGGCGCCAGGUGGCCCGCUGCCUGUAUGGCGUGGACCCGGGUCAGGUAGACCCGGGGCUCCUGCGCACGGUGGCCCUGUCAGCCGUGUGGCCCUCGCUGGCGGGCUUGCUGACGGACGGCACCGCCUCCAUCUCGGCCGCCACCAGUGCCAAGUCCUCCCGCCCGGCCGGCCCCUCGGAGUCCAUUGCCGAAUGGCUGCUUUGUGCGGACCUGGGGCCCAUCUGCCGGGCGUUGGCCGGGCAACUGGCGCCCCUGCUGGCGCGGGUCACCGCCGCCGAGCUCUCGGACAUCAGCGGCCUGCUGGCCUCCAUGUCCGUUAACAAUCUGCUGGCCGUCGGUGCCCCGGCUACUGCCACCGCUGGCAGCCCGGGCCCGGCUUUUGUCCGUCGCUUCCCGGUGCGCCCGUCAAACCAGUCAAACCUGCACUUGUUGUUCGUCCACCUGAAUACCCUCUCCAUGGUGGCCGCGGCGGCGGUCCUUGGACGGAAUACCGCACGCGACCGGCGCCGAGCCAUCGAGCGCAUCGGCCUGGUGGUGAACCAGCUCCUGGCACAUGGGUCGGCCGAUGUGGGCUCCGGUCCGUCAUCCGGGCCCGAUGACACGGACCUCAAUGCCUGGGCGUCGCUGGCCGCCGCCACGGCCCUCAGCCAUGGUGUCCUGUCCAUGCCGGUGUUGCGUCUCCUGCCGGAUGCCUUCCUCCUGCGGCAUUGCCAAUUCCUCCAGGCACAGGGGCACUGCUUCUGCGAUUUGUUGGCCUUCGCCCGGAUGACGGCCCCGGCCUCCGGGACCCCGGAGGCCGAUGCCGACCAGUGCACCUCCUGUCGGCCGGGAGACGGGGCCUCCUGGCCGGCCGGCCGUGGCCAGGCCACCGAUGCCCUGGAGGCGGAUCAGCUCCUGGUCGAGCCACCCUCGGUGUCCAUCGUCGAGUCCCUGCGCCGGGCUGUGGCCCUGCCGGUGGGCAUCUAUUCGGUCCUUCGGGAAGCGCAUCGCCGUGAGCGGGAGCUCCUGCAGGAGAGCGCCGACCAUGCUCGGGCCCUGGUCCCGGCGCCGGCCGGCCUCCGGACCGUCGCAGUGGAGGGGGUCUGCUGGCGGCUGUUGACCGAGGCCGGGCAGCCGGUUACCCGGUUGCUGAGUGUCCAUGCCCGGUCGGCGGCCCAGCUGCCGACCCUGCUUUCGAGCGAGCCCUUCUACUCCACCAUGUUCCCGCAUGCGGCCGGGGCCGCGGGCGCUGCAGGCGCCCCGGUGGCGGCUCGGCACAAGCAGCGCAUGGCCGCCGCCCCGGCGGCCCUGCUUCGAACCAAGCAGGCCAAGUAUGAGCUUCGCUUGGCGGCCCAGCUGGCGGCCAUGGUCGCCGGCGAUGUGGUCCUCUUCCCCCUUUCACACCUGGCCAGCUCCUCCUCGGCGCUGGUGUUCCCCGGCCUGACCGGUGCCCAUGGGGCUCGGAGCUUGGUGGAUGUGCCCCUGCGGCCGGAUGUGUCCGGCCUGAUUGCGGCCUCCGGCGACUCCAUCACCUCGCAGCUGGAGUACCGGAGCUGGACCAUCCUCCUGGAAUCCGGCCAGUGCCGGGACCUGGCCGGUCCGGCUUCGACCUCCUCGACCGUCGAGCUGGUCACCCCGGGGGCCGCGGCUCCCCCUCCCAAGCCCAAGGCGUCCAUUCUCAAGCGCUCCAUCAAGUCCACCCUUCGGCGCAUCGAGCUGGCCCUGGGCCACUCUUCUUCGUAGAUGUGUCUCCCUCCGGCGUCAGGGGAAUAUUGCCGCCCGUGGAGAGAAACGGCCGGCCCGGCGCCCUU